AUGAAUCGAUCCAGCCACGCGUCCAUGCUCCACGCCCAUGCCAACGGCUCGCAUUAUCAUGAACAGCAGCGGCAGCACCCGCGCGACUUUGUGGAACAGGCCUCACCCCCCAUGUCCUCCCCUGCCUAUCAGCGGCCCAUGAACCCUCCGCACAGGGAGCAUCACCGCAGCAGUAUCGGUAGCACAAACAACAGCAAUUUUGAUAACGAUAGCGGCAGCAACAGCCACUACCGAUCACAUUCGUCCCAGCAUCCACAACAGCAGCAGCAUCAGCACCAUCAUCAACAGCAGCACCAAUACCAGCACCAACAGCAGCACCAACAUCAGCACCAGCACCAGCACCAGGACCAAUAUCAAUACCAAAGCCAAAGCCAUGGCAUGCGUUCUCAGCCGCAACCGCACCAACAGAAUUAUUCGCACCAGCCCACAUAUCACUCUUCCCAUACCCAUGCCUCACACCAUCAUCCCUCCUCUCCUCCAGCUCAAGACGAGUACCCUUCAAAGCACUAUCAGGCAAUCCCAAUCAUUCAAUCUUCAGAUCCUUCUUUUACUCAACGCCCACAUGCACGCUCCUUUUCCGGCACCCACUCCUCGCAUCCUUACUCCCAAUACCCAGCCUCCCCAUCAAUUCCGUCAGGGCUGCAACAACAGCACCAACCACGGUUGCAUCACAGCACAUCUGCGGGCCACCUGCCCGGGCCUGGACAUCGGUCUGCACCCAUUGUCGUCAGUUCUGCAACAUCAACAUCAACAUCAAAACAAGGAGCGGCUGCUGGAACCGGUGCUGCCCCCAAGAAGAAGGACCCAUAUGCAACCGCCUGGCGCACCUAUUCAAAAAUCGCAGAGGAGCUUAAUCUAUUGAAUCCCGAUGGAACCCUGUACCCGAUCUCGAAGGAGGCGAUCUUGAAAUAUCUACACCACCAAUCCAAGCGGAUCAAAUCGAGCAACCUGCAUUGGUACGUGAACGGGCUCAAGAAACAUCAGGAGAACCUGGGAUUCGCAUGGGAUGAUGUCCGAUAUGACGAACAGGUGGUAGCGCUGUUAAAGGAGUUGACCCUGCAUCCUGUCACGAUUGACAGCAGCGGCGGCGGCAGCGGGGGAUCGACGGUGUACCACUCCAGCGUGCACCCGCCCCGGCACUCGAUGCCGAUCGAUACAUCCAAGAUUGCUAGUCUCUCGAUCUCCAGCAACGCACAUUCUCAGAGCUAUCGAGAGCAGAGUUCCCAGCAGUACCAGCAUCAACACCAUUCGCAUCAUGGAGUACAGGACGCUUCAUUCGGCGUUGGAUCCAAACGACAUUUCUCGCAACCCCACCAGUAUGAAGCACCUCCUACGCAUUCAAGACAACAUCAUGUGUAUACUGAGCGAGUCCAGCCUUCUCCCCCAUCACAUUCCUCUGGCCGAGUCGCUCCUUUCCACUCGGCACCAAUCCAAUUGCCAUCACAGCAUGUCCAGGAUGAUCGAUCAUCCCACGAUAUUCCCCCAACACGUUACAAGAGUCAUUCCCAUGCCUUGGGGGAAAUCUCUCCAGCAGCUUCAACCAGCACAACAAGUUCUCCUAUGUCGAGCUCAGAAAUUCAAAUGGUGCAGCAGUCGCCUCCUUCAAAUUCAAACGGAUCUCAUGUCAAGCGCAAGCGGCAUGAGAUUGGACAUGAAAGGAUGACACGUCUAAUUUCUCCCACAAGUGCUGAGGGCGAGGAGCUUGAUGAGAGUGAGAUCAACGCAAGAGUCGCAGAGGAUCUAGAGGGUCGCGCUCUUGAGGACAUGGACGAAGAUCACCGGGAAACGAUAGCGCUCAAACGACAUGCCUCCACUGGCACCUUAAGGAUCCAGGCCCGAGUAUCGGCUAUGACUGCAAUGUCCCCAGAUAACCAUCUUUACCAACGAGAGUACCCUGUCUCGCCACCUUCGCCUGUAGCACGCGAAAACGAAAGCAGCAGCCAUUUCCGCUGGGGUAGUUCCGAGGCGGCCGCCCAGCAGAGCCGUCUUUCGCCUCCCUCUGCAUCAGUGUCCUCUAUCGGUUCAACCUCUCCAGCAAGUCGUAGUACAGUCGGCAGCUCAGUCCUGACAAGUCCUGUCAGCAGCGGCAGCAGCUACCGCCAUCGACGUGCCAAUGGCGUAGUAUCGUCUCCAAUAUCCUCUGUCACUGCGGGCGGUGCUUCGAGUGUUUUGACCUCCACUACUGCCAUCACUGGUACUGCCCUGGGCACUUCAUCUACAGCACCUUCGAACAAGACGAUGGUGCAGUUCUCGGAGGUGGUCGAUUAUGCUCAGGAGCUGCAGACUAAAUAUGGAAACCGGUGCAAGGAUCACCCUUGGGGAUGCGUUGAGCUGUCGGAGGAUUUCCAUUUGGAACUCACUAUCAAGAUGUAUAUGGACUGGGCUGGCUUAGUGGCAAGUGGUCGUUUGACAAUGGACGAAAUACCAGACCUUCCCGACUUCAGGCAGCCUGGUGCUACACAUCUCGAUCCCUCUUCUUUAUCACCGACACCAGGGCCCUCUGCCGUGCUUGGGGGCACACUGAAACGGAUGACAUCUACGCCGCUCACAACAACAUUUGGCUCGUUUUCGCAGCGCCACCAACCAUCCCGCAUCACAUCUCCACCACUCAAAAGCGAGGAUCAAUCACCCACUGGCAGCCCAGGCCCUAUCUCUGGACCUUUUACAUUUGGGCACCCCAGCAGCCGAGCGCGUUCACCUUCAUCAUCCCCAAUCUAUGGUCAGAGUCCUAGGGAGGGCUAUAUCAGCGAUAGCCUGAUGAGUCGUAUUGGAAGUCCGCCUCCUCAGCACACAAUCCCUUCCCCACCGCCGAUGACUGUGACUAAGCAGUCUUCCAGUGGCGCUACCUCUGCCUCCUCAGCAGCAGCAGCGGCGACGGCAGCGACCAACAGAGCGCGCGCGAGAAAGAUGGCAAGCAGCCCUAGCUUGGGUCAACAUGCGUCGUUCCAGCGAUUUGGAUUCUCAUCGCCACCACUUCCACCCAUGCCACCACUUCCUUCAUUAUCCAAACCAGACCAAAGAGAAAGAGAUGGCCGUCUCGCAAGAGGGCCGGAAGCACGCUCUGGCCAUGAAUCUGGAUCGACUAUGGCCAUGUCUCGUUCGAAUGGAUCCUAUUCGCCACGUUCCGAGGAAAUGGAGUUAUCGCCGGACGAGGAUAUGGACACUCGACAUGGUCGUUCGAGGGCGAAAAUGGUUCCAGAGACGCAGCGGCGUGACAGGGAUAGCGAGAUGGAUAUGGAGGGAGAGGACAUGUAUGACCGUGAGCACCAGGGGUCGCAGCGGCAACACCAGCGCUCAAAGGACCACAAUCUAUAUGGAACCGGAAGCGAGCUGGAUAGAGCUCAAGUAGUUCGCGGACGCGGCAAUAUUGCGAACGAGGGUGAGGACGAGGACGAGAGUGAUCCAUACCUGAUGUCUGCAGACUCUGUACGCCAUUCACAGCAACAGCAACAGCAACAGCACGGACUUGGAGGGCGAGAAAGACGUGAGGACAGGGCCCAAACUCGAGACCGAGAGAAGGAGCAUGAUCGGGUCGAGGAGGUCCGUAUGGGCCUCAAGGGUCUGCAGUCGUCGCUGUCGGUCCUGUCAGGCAACUCUUCGGUGAACAAGGACGAACGUGACGGGAACGAGCCAUUACAACGUGGACACGAGAAGCCUCACCUCCAGGAUGAGGACACUUCCAUGAUGGAAGCCUAA